AUGGCCGACUCGGCAAACCACCCAAACGUUGCUUUUACCUCACAGGCGGAGUCAUCAACCUCAUCGUCACAAACACCCAACACACAGCCAGAGUCUGCAUCCUCAUCAUCAUCCGCACCGCCUCAGGCGUGCGCGCAAUGCGGGAAGUCUCCGGACACGCUCAAGCAGUGCAUCAAGUGCCACAGUGUAACGUACUGCAACAAAGACUGCCAGAAGGCGCACUACAAGGCGCACAAGAAAGCAUGUCCUAUGCUUGCGCAGGAGUACGUGAAACUGCAUGAGCCGAAGAUGGCAUCAAAAUCCAGUUCAAGUGCGCCAGGAGCAAGGGACAAGGGACUGCAGAAGUGGCAGUUUGAUACUUGA